AUGCCACGAACAAGGGAAAAGAAAAUUUUUCCUGGUAAAAGACAACAACAACGAAUGUUUCGAGAAGCAAGGAACAAAAUGAGACAGCAUCUACCACAAUUUCCUUUGGGAGAAACAACGAGGAAUUUGUUGGUUUCACGCCAAACACAAAAUGGUGUUUCUCAGAGUCAUGAUGGUGACGAUGAUCAGAAAAUGGACAGAAUUUCUACUGAUAAGUGUAAUGCUGCUUCAACAACUGCAACAUGUCCGGAGGGAAGUGAAACGGAGUCAAUGUGUGACAGUGCCGACUCGUACGAUAUUCUAAGUCCAAAUGGUAGCGACGAUGAUGGAGUCCCUGUUAGUGACUCCGACGAAGAAUCCUAUCAGGAUUGCCUGGAUGAAGAUGUCAAUGAUGCAGAUGACAGCCAGAGGUAUGAAAUUAAGAGUGAACUGGCAAAAUGGGCUAUUGAAUGCGGAAUCCCACGCACACAUAUUAGUAGAUUGUUGUGCAUUCUAAGAAAGUGUAAAGGAUUGUCACAUUUGCCUAAAGAUUAUCGUACUCUUUUGAAAACGGCUAGCCAAGGGUCUACAAAAGAUGUCCAACCCGGAUAUUAUUUCCAUUUUGGUUUAUCAAAUGGCGGCCUUUGA